UGUAUUUUCGUGAACGUGUAUCUUCAUCCUCCAUCUCGUUUACAUUAUCGAUGUUGCUUCUAAUUUUAUGUUUACUUUAUCGAAUGAACAUUUGAACUGCAAUUACUAACAAUAUGGCGACGGAUGAACCUGUGGACCAAACAGAUUUGACUUGCGUAGAGGAAAGUCUUAUGAGCUUAGAAAAAUUAGAUCGAGCAUCACCGGAUUUAUGGCCAGAGCAAACGACCGAUGAAGUUCCAGGUGUCAACGAGUUUGUAGCUCAAAAUUCACCGCAGUUGGAGCCAGCUACUUGGGCGUCCAGCUUAACGGCGGAUGAUCUAAACCAGUUACACCAAUUGGGAAAUUUAACCAUGACGGGACUCAUAUCGGAAGUCAAGAAAUUACACGACUUGGCUUAUCAACUUGGUAUGGAGGAGGCCAAAGAAAUGACUCGUGGCAAAUAUUUAAAUAUAUUUAAACAUAAAUGAUAGUAGGAGUUCUUGAGAUAUGGAUGGAAACGAACAAAUGUAACAUAUGUAUGUAUUUCAAGUAGACUUUAAGGUAAAUCAAAUUGUAAGUAUUCUUGUAUAAAGCAUCUAAAGAUUUUCUAAAAGCCA